UACACAAAGUAGACACACGAGAUAUAUAUCACUGAGCUCGGAACGUAACAUAGAGGAGCUCAUGCAGAGGCUGCGGCGUCGAGGCUCGAGUCCCCUCGGCGCAGUCUCCGGCGUCCUUCCUUCGCCCAGCUGCCUUCCUUUGUUUUUUCCAAGAAAAGAAAAAAAGCUCAGCUACAAUCAGGCCCGUAGACUCGUUGGUUGGGCUUGCGCACGCGCUCCGGUGGGCGCGGGGGGCUUCUGGCCCAAUUUCUCGCUCCUGGUGGGACAGUCCACAGCAUUACGGCAUUAGUAGUAGUAGCUCAAAUGUGUAGUGCUCGGUACAAGCUUAAGCCAAGAGCCCAAGAGUAGCACCACCAGCUCGCUCGCCACCUCCACCCGCUCGACGAAGCACCCAGACACGGCCACUCUCGCGGCACGAUGUGGAGCCGUGGCCUUACGCGCCUUCUUCUGCAAGCCCUGGCCGUCGCCGGCGCCUGCAUGUCCGCGGCGGUUGCACAGGAGCAGGCCACGGCGGCGGCGUCGGGCGUGCCGCCGUGCGCGUCCAAGCUCGCGCCGUGCGGGGCGUACCUGAAGGACACGACGGGCGCCGAGCCGCCGGCGUCGUGCUGCGACCCGCUCAAGGAGGUGGCGACGACCGAGGCGGCGUGCAUGUGCGCCGUGCUCGCCGACACGGCCGCGCUGCAGGCGCUCGGCGUCGCGCCGGAGCAAGGCAUGGGCCUCGCCCUGCGCUGCGGCGUCAACACCGACGCCUCCACCUGCGCCAAGUACACCGCCGCCGCCGGUGCAGGUGCGGCCACUGCAGGUAGUACUAGUACUGCCGCUUCUUCAGCAUCCACGGGAACUGCUGCUUCUACGGCGGCCAUGCCAACGACCAGCGGAGGCACCGGGCAUCACAUGAGUUUGAUGGCUGCACGUUCCUUGAUAGUAGGCUUCAGUUUCAUCUGGUUGAUGAUUGUGGCUUAGUAUGAGCUCCCUACAAUUACACUGUUAUGCAAUUUUGUACCAUGCAAUAAAUAUGUACCUAUCUUGUUAUUUUGUUCAAUGAACUUCACAACUUGUGCCUGUGUACAUGGCAAAUCUCUGAAUGGAUGCCAUUUUCUAGCUUGC